AUGCCAAGGGGAAAAUAUAGCACUACUAGCCGAGCACAUUCUAAAGGUAUAAAGAAAGUGAAAAGAAAGGGGAAGAAGGGGGCAAAUUCGAAGAAGGCAAAAAUCCAGAUCGAGAAGUUGAACAGGCUGACAACAGACUCGGAUAUUCUUGAAAUGCAAAAUAUGAUUCGGAAAGAAACCAUUAAAAAAUCCGAAUCCCAAAAGGGACUGAAGGAAACAUUAAAGCAGAUUAAAGAGGAUGAGAAGGAGGAUCAAGUGAAGAGAGUGGAGGUUGGAAAACAAAAUGCGGCUGUGAAAAAGCAGCUAGCCAAGGAGAUGGACUUGAUAAAUUCGAUGUGUCUUUGA